AUGCGUUUCUUUCAUUCUCUGCUCUCUUUCGCAUUGCUUGCGACUGGCGUCGUGGCCGCCAAAAAGUCGUCCGAGGAGCGAUUCAAUCAAUACCACGCCAAACAGACCUCGGCGCCGGUCAAGCUGAAGGACUCCACGUACAGGACUCUAACAUCUACGCCUCGAGACUACAGUGUCGCUGUUCUCCUCACUGCUAUUGAUCCGCGAUUCAACUGUCAACUGUGCCGCGAGUUCCAACCCGAAUGGAACCUGCUGGCAAAGAGCUGGGUUAAGGGCGACAAGGCAGCCGAGUCGCGAUUGAUCUUUGGCACGUUGGAUUUCCUUGACGGCAAGGAAAUCUUCAGCUCGCUUGGGCUUACAACUGCCCCUGUCCUCCUCAUGUUCCCUCCCACCACCGGCCCCCAUGCUUCUCAAAGCCCAGAUCAUCUGCGAUACGACUUUUCCAGCGGGGGCGCAACUGCUGAGGUAGUUCACUCCUGGAUCGCUCGCCACAUGCCUGAUCGACCUCACCCCAAAGUAAAGCGACCCGUUAACUACGUUAAAUGGAUCUCUGUCGUCACCACCGUUGUUGGAAUCACUACUGCAGGCAUUUUGCUCCGGGCUUACAUCUAUCCCAUCGUGCAGAGCCGCAACUUGUGGGCUGCCAUGUCACUCAUGACCAUCCUUCUGUUCAUCAGUGGUCAUAUGUUCAACCACAUUCGGAAAGUUCCCUACGUCACUGGUGAUGGAAAGGGAGGUAUCAGCUAUGUUUCGCCUGGCUUUCAGCAACAACUUGGCUUGGAAACUCAAAUAGUAGCCGCGCUAUAUGGUGUUCUGUCGUUCUGUGCUAUAACUCUUGCGAUUAAGGUUCCACGAAUCGCCGACUCCAAGACCCAGCAAGUCGCGGUUAUUGCUUUCGGUGGUAUCCUGUUCCUUGUCUACAGCUUCUUGCUGAGUGUCUUCCGUGUCAAGAACGGCGGAUAUCCAUUCUCUCUACCACCUUUCAUGUAA